AUCUCCUGAAUUAAGUGAGCAAGCUGGAAUAAAGAUGUAGUGUGAGCUGGUGGAAGGAGGGGGACAGAACAAGGAGAGCGCUGUGCUGAGGAGAGGAGAGGGCUGGACGGACCAGGCGGACGGAGAUCUGGGGGGAGUCCUGAGGGGGAGAAGAAGACAGAGGGUCCACUGGAUCAGGAAGAUGCCCUCUCGCUGCAGGAAUGCGCUGAACAUCGUGGUCACCACCCUUUUUGCUGCGGUGGUCCUCUUCACCAUCCUGCUGGCCUAUGUCACAGGCUACCAGUUCAUCCACACUGAGCAGCACCACCUCUCCUUUGGCCUCUAUGGUGCCUUCCUCUCCCUCCACCUCUUCCUCCAGAGCCUUUUUGCCUUCCUGGAACAUCGGCGGAUGAGGAGCCCCGCCCGGCCUCAGCACCUCCGACGCUCCGUGGCCCUCUGCAUCGCUGCCUACCAGGAGGACCCAGACUACCUGAGGAAGUGCCUGCGCAGUGUCCGCCGAAUCUCCUUCCCUGGCCUGAAGGUGGUGCUGGUUGUGGAUGGGAACCGGCCCGAGGACCGCUACAUGAUGGACAUUUUCCAGGAGGUGAUGGGCGGGGCUGACCAGGCUGGCAGUAUGGUGUGGAAGGGGAACUACCACAGUGAUGGAAGUGGAGGAGUAGGUGUCAGAGGUGGAGGGAGGAGCACGGUGCACAUGGAGGAGGCAGCAAGAGUGGCUCGACUGGUCAGCGGCUGCCGCUUCUCCUGCAUCAUGCAGGAGUGGGGAGGGAAAAGAGAGGUGAUGUACACUGCCUUUAAAGCACUGGGGGACAGUGUGGAUUAUGUGCAGGUGUGUGACUCCGACACAGUUCUAGAUCCAGCAUGUACCAUAGAAAUGCUUAAGAUUCUAGAGGAAGAUCCGAUGGUGGGAGGGGUCGGUGGAGACGUGCAGAUCCUUAACAAGUACGAUUCGUGGAUCUCCUUCCUCAGCAGCGUGCGGUACUGGAUGGCCUUCAACGUUGAACGGGCCUGCCAGUCCUACUUUGGAUGCGUUCAGUGUAUCAGCGGCCCUCUGGGGAUGUACAGGAACUCCUUGCUCCAGCGCUUCCUGGAGCCCUGGUACCAUCAGACCUUUCUAGGCUCUAAGUGCAGCUUCGGUGACGACCGCCACCUCACCAAUCGAGUGCUGAGCUUUGGCUACAGGACAAAGUUCACGGCGCGAUCGCAGUGCCAGACUGAGACGCCGACCCAGUAUCUGCGUUGGCUCAACCAGCAGACUCGAUGGAGCAAGUCUUACUUCCGUGAGUGGCUCUACAACGCCCUGUGGUUCCACAAGCACAGCCUCUGGAUGACUUAUGAGUCUGUGGUCACUGGCUUCUUCCCCUUCUUCUUGGUUGCCACGGUCAUCCAUCUGUUCUACCGUGGAAGGCUGUGGAACAUCCUGCUCUUCUUACUGACCGUCCAGCUGGUUGGGAUGGUGAAGGCCACCUACGCCUGUUUCCUGCGUGGCAGCCUGGUCAUGAUCUUCAUGUCACUCUACUCUCUGCUCUACAUGUCCAGCUUGCUUCCUGCCAAAAUAUUUGCCUUGCUCACCAUCAACAAGGCUGGAUGGGGCACUUCAGGCCGCAGGAAGAUCGUGGUUAACUUAAUCGGUGCUGUGCCUGUCACAGUGUGGGCUAUGGUACUGCUCGGAGGUGUGGUGUAUACAAUCUACUGUGAAACACAGGAGCCAUUCAGUGAGACAGAGAAAGCUUUGUUGAUAGCAGGGACGAUACUCUACUCCUGCUACUGGAUCAUUCUGCUGGUGCUCUACCUGGCAAUUGUAGCCAAACGGUGUAACAAGAGGGAAGAGCAGUAUCACUUGCCAUAUGCGGAGGCAUAAACCUGUUACCAGAGGCACUGGUAGGACAUUUGUGCUGGGUUUCACUGCAGCGUGAUUCUAGCAGGGUCUCCGUUGACCUUGUGAACUGCUCGAGUGACCAGCUGUGAACCAGGAACACAAACACUUCUUCAUCACUGGUGCUAAAAAAGUGAAUCUGAAAUCUCAGCAGCAGGAUUCUAAUCCAGUUGGAGGAGACUUCAAGAUGACUGGAUCCAUACAGCUCUCCCAUUUAUAUCAUGUUCAAUGGUGCUUCACAUUGAAAAACCAAACCAAACUGACCCAGUUUAUAAAGUAAUAGAAGAACAUUAGGUAGUUUAUAGGUUAGCUGUAUAACUGUGAUGAAAGGGUGCAGUACGGUGCUUUGACUGAAUUUAAAGCACCAAACUGGAAAAUAAGACUUAGAUACAUAAAGGUCUUGUGUGGUUUUCGUGUCCAUUUUAAUAAACAUGAGAUGGGAUGAAUUGUGAUGGAACUAUGAUAAACAAUAAAUAAAUAGCAAGACAAUUGUCCCAAAUGAGUCAGAUCACCUCUAUUUUAGAUAAGAAGAGGGAAUCUCAUGUUGAUUUAGACAUUGGAGUGUACUUUAAAGGUGUUCAGACAGAAAGCAAAGUACAACAGUGGUGCCGUUGCCUUGCACAAAUAAAGGUAAAUUUGUGAAGGUGGCGCAAAUGUAGGUAUAGAUUGAAAAUGUGUCAACUUGAGUAUAAAAAUGUGUGCUUUUUAAAAUCUAUUUUAAAUCUACUUUGUAAAAAAAAACAUCCUUAAUCUGAGAUUAAAGUGGUAAAUUAAGAGGUAAAACUCCCAAAUGUACAAGAAAACACUUGACUAUUCUCUGAGAUUAAAGUCACAGGUUUACAAGAGAAAAACUUGGUAAAUACUGUUUUAGAGAUGUGUUAAAGGCAGGAUAUGCAGAUGAUAAUAACAACAGCUGUCACAUCUAACUUUCACCAACCAGUAUUAUGAAAUACUUCCUUCUGUUCAAAGACCAAAAGCAUACAAAAUUGGGGAAGAACUGCAGACAUUUUUAAAUGACUAAGACGUGCUUUGUUGCAGCCUAACUGUCUAAAAGCCCACUUCUCUUAAGUCUGCAUUGACUAUUGUCUUGUUUGAUUAAUGACUGAAAUAGAAUAUUAGAAUAUUACCCCCUUGCUCCGUAAUUCAUUUCAUUCUACAAUGGCCCUAAUACGCCGUUGUAGAAAAGGGAGAGCGUCAGAGGUGACACACAAACACACGCACUCCACUCCAUACACAGUUUGUGCAUGAGUUCCUAGCUAGCUACAGCUAAGGAAUGUCCAGUUGGUACAUCUACUCUGUCAACAAUAAACACUGACUGCACAAACAGUCUGGCAAAAUUCAUGUAGAAAUUGGGUUUGUGUUCUGUGUCUUAAUACAAUACUCACAUGCUAUAUGUGCAUUGAAAGGUUGCUGAAAUGCUUCCUCCUCUUCAUACUGGCUAAAUUGUAAACACUGGGGUACAAAAUCCACAGUACUCGCUCUGUGUAAAAAUGCAUUCUAAAGUUCAGCCAGUUAACAUGAACAGCAUUGGUCCAGUUUCUUGAAAAUUAUAAUCAAGUUUUACACAUUACUCAUUGAAAAAGCACAUUACGUUACUUUACUAAUUACUCAGCAGCAAAACUAAUGUUUUACAUUACUUUGGUGAUUCAGCCCAGCUGCGUCAAACAUGCCAUGAAACAACUCUAAAGCCUUUACACCCAUACGUAGAAAUAGAUACAAUCCAAUGUGGUUUGAGAAGCACCUUACAAUUUGGAGAGGUUCACUGACCAUCUGGCUGCUACCUUAGCCUCGAUGACUGAUGAUAAAGUAAUCACAUUACAUACUGCCUAACAGCAGAUUGACCGUAUUUCCCAGUACAAAAUUCCCUCUUUUAAACUUUGUGAGCCACAGCUAAGGGAUACUUCUGGGGAUACUUUCUCCAUCUCUUACAGAUUAGUACAUUAUAAAUGUAUUGUUACACAGCCAGUAUGAACAAAGGGAAUGAUUUCAGUGACUUAAAACUCCAUCAAUGUGCAUAUGAGCAUGUGAGUACUGUAUCGAGAUAGACUUGAAACCAAGAUACCAUAUUAUGACAAAGACCUCUGUUGAAAUGAGCCAUUGUUCAGAAAAUACAGAGAAUGUGACAAGUUCUCCUGUCACACUACUUGCAAUUAGAUGUAGUGGUGUGAAUGUCUACAGAGACUGAGCUCAGCUUUAAGAUACUCUCAUAGAUUGACAUUACAUUUAUUCGUUUCGCUGACGCUUUUAUCCAAAUUGACUUAAAAUUGCUAUCUGUGUCAGAGGUCACACGCCUUCACGAGGGGUUAAGUGUCUUGCUCAGGGACACAUUGGUGGAUGUGCCAAAUUAGGGGAUUGAACCCAGGUCUCUCAGACCAAAGGCAUGUGUAUUAUCCACUGCUCCAUCACCACCUCCUAGGUUACACUUUAUAAUGCGGGACACAACAUUCUGAAUAGUUACCAUAGAACGAAUGAGUAAUGAAUGAGGAACUAACUGCUAGGGAACAAUUAGGUAAUGAGUAACUCCUAAUCAUGUUUAUAGAUUAGCUAAUGAUUAGUUAAAAGUACCAUUGUGUGAUAUUUAGGAGGAUCUAUCGACAGAAAUGUAAUAAAAUAUCCAUAACUAUAUUUUCAGUGGUGUAUAAAGACCUUUAUGUUUUUAUUACCUUAGAAUGAACUAUUUCUAUCUACAUAACCGCGGGUCCUCUUACAUGGAUGUUGCAAUGUUGUGCCGCCAUGUUUCUACAGUAGCCCAAAUGGACAAACUGCUCUACAGAGAGCGUUUAGUCACUACGUUGACUAUGUACAAAGAAGAAGUAGUAGUACUUGUCUGGUUCAUUAGAAGUAAGAAGAGAUGUGAAAUUGGAGCACGUAUUAUUUAGCACAGGAGCCGACAGAGCGUGUCGCCCACCGUAGCUUCUCCUACACACUUGCAAAGGGAGGGGCGAGGGGUGAGUGAGCAAUUCGGUUGUAAUUCACAACCCGCACCAUGAGAUGUCAGCAAACACACUUACACACUGAACCUUAACUGAAAAUGAGCGAGGAACAAAUCAGGAAUCACUUGAUUAUGGAUGAAUCCUUAAUAGGUACUUCCCUAAAAAUAAGAAGAACAAUGAGUUAUUAGAGAACAGACUGGGAGAUCUGAUAUUAAUGAAUCAGUUCCUGAAUAUCUGUGAAUCGAUCAUACUGACGACUUUCUUCAUGAGUCACUCCUGAUUGACUCUGAACCAGCCGGUGAGCGGCACAAAACUUGCAAUGACUCAUUCAUUACUAAUUACUUAAACAUCACUUACUGUUUUUGUGUGCCCCCAAAUAAAGUGAUACAUAACACAAAGAAGUUACUAAGUAGUCCCUCAAUACUUCAUCAGUGUCUUAUGAUUACUUACUCUUUUUGUGUCCCUUCAAGUAAAGCGGUGCAGCUUACUGAGUGGUGUACUGAGUUAAUCAGCAACGACGUGAAGAAAGUUUGCCUCCAGCAGCCUGAUAAAAUGAGACUCGGAACACGGUGAUAUAGUUUAAUCAACUUUACUCUCAUUCUCUGAGAUGGUACAUCUUUUGUGCAACAGUGCAACCCCUAAGCCAUGUCUCACUGUAUGACAGUGGUCAGUAUGAUCGAUUCACAGAAAUUCAUGAACUAAUCACUUCACAAUGAUUUAUUAAUAUCUGUUCUCUAGUAACUCAUUAUUAUAGUCCUCCAUUAGGGAUUGUUAGGGAAGUAAUGAUUACAUGUUUUAACAAAUGCGUUUUUGUUCCUGUGUAGUAAGUGGUAUUUCCUAAUUGCCUAUGCCUCAAAGGUAUAGAAAAUGGCAAUUAUUCCCCACAAACUUUGUUUUGUGACCAGGACAGUGAUGAUGAAUGUACCUAUUUCCAAUGAGAAAACAGGCAAAUGUGUGUCUUUUUGUUCACAUAAAGUCAGAAAAAACAACAUAUUAAUCCAAAUUAACAUGUAUGUAUACGCCGCCUUUGCCUCAGACAGCUUAGGGAAGACGUCUUGAAGGUACUUGAAGGCUGCCGACUCCUACUAACAAGGAACAGAAAUUAUGUUAGCGUGUUAAUGAUUUGUCAAUAAUCGUCAGUCCUGAUUUAUUCCUAACUCUUCUUUCUUCAUUACCUGAUCAUUAGCUACUCCAUCAAACUUGAUAAGGACUCACUCAUUAACAAAUUGUUCCUUAUCUGUUUGUCCCAUGAUGGAAAGCGCGACCCUCCCAUCAGCUGUGAACAGCACAGUCAUCUUCUCCAGCAGUAUUUUGUGGAGCAGCUAUGAUUUACCAGAACGGACAAUCCAACAUUUCCUGUGUGUUUUUGGUGUGGUUGAGUACUUUCAAAUGAGUAACUAAUUAUUGUAGUGCAUCGUGGUCCAAUUCUGAGUUUACAGCUACCAGUGGGUUUUAAGUGUCAUUCUGUGUUUCAGAUAUUUUUAUAUGGUUCUGGACACUAUUCUCUUACCGUGUCCUUUACAACAGUGUGAAGACCAAAGACAUUUCUUCUUAAGUGAGUGACUUGAGAGCUUUGCUUUCACUCUUCUUUUUUUUUCAUGUUUUUAAAUAUAUCCGAUUCAGUUUCUAAAAAAUAUUUCAUAAACUAAACACGUAGCACAUUUGUCAAGUGUGACACACAGCUGUCUUUUUGCUUUGCACAGUGGACAUUUCCUCUUUGUGUUAUAUUAUUUUGAGCGGGCUGUAUAGGUUUAAACUUGAAACUUUAAAAACGGACACAUCCAUUGAAAGGUAAAAUGUGUUUGGGCUCGGCUGGCCUUUCUGACUGUCAACCAGCAAUUUAAGGGGCCUUGUUUCUUGAUCUUCUGCUGUUUCCAUCUCUGUGCAUCACAGGAUACUGGAACUUUCCUAAGACAUUAAAAAAAGCUUCCUGUUUUGGACACAAUCCUCCCAUUCAUACCAAACAGGGAAUGUCUCCAUUAUUUAAAUGACAGCACUGACAUUUACCCCAAGCCAUCUGUUUCAAUAUUCUGAUCUUUUGUUCUAACUGUACUGUAUGUUUAUUUUUUUUUCAAGAAUGAAUUGGACUAGACAUUAACAUCAAAGGUCUAAAAUACAAAGGCAAGGUAAUCUGUACAGAAACAGGUGGUAGUGAUCAACCUCUUUUUUUUCUCUUUUUUUUAUAAUCUCCCUUGUGUCAGUGAAAGUAAACAGGUAAAUGUUUUAAGUUAAAAUAUUCAGUUUGUACAUAAAAAACCCAAGUGGAAACACCGGAAAUGAAAAAUAUUACAAAUGUGGUUUUAUGCCUGGCUGAGAUGACGAAGUAACUGUAACACAGUAAGUGAUUUUUCAAAUAUACCUUGAUGUUGCAGUACCUGCUUCUGUUUGUUCUGCUGUACACAAAGAAUUCAUGUAAUGCUGCCACUCUGGGGUGUUACAGAGCCACAGUUUUAGAAAUCUAAUCUACAACUGAAUGGCAUACCCAGUGUGUUGUUCAUGCCAUCAAGAGCUUUAAUGUAAUGAGCACUGCACUGCUAGGGGCUGCUGGAUCUAGGUGGGCUUUAGACAUUUAGUCUUAUUUUCCACCAGCACCACUUUAUAAAUGCCCACAUCCAU